GGAAUUGUAUGCCAAACUUGUCCCUCUCUUGAAGAGUAUGUCCCUUUUACCUGUCUUGAAGAAUAUGUUUAUUUUGCUGCGAUUGAUCAUGUGCUGAAGGCUUUCUUUUUCUUCAGGAAAAGCAGUUUUUUUGUGUGUGUUCCUGACAAAAACAAAACAUAUUGAGCUAUCUCUGGAAACAAAGUGGAAUUCUUUGCAUUUGGUGCAUUGAGACAAACGAAAUGCUGCUUGAUUUGUUCCAGAAAGUAAUACUUUUCCCCUCGUGCUUUAGUGGAAAAGUCGGUCAACAAUGUACAGUUCCCCUCUUGAUGUGUUGGAUGUUUAGUUGUGUACCAAUCAAAUGGCCUCACUUUUCUCCAGUAGGACCCACCAUAUUGACCGAAAACCAAACGUGACAUAGACUCUGGAAUUACUUGUGCUUAAGUUCUUUGGCACUUGCCUCGAUUAUUCAUAUUUCAUAACCCACCCGGCCAUCCCUGAGACCACCAUGCUGCCUCACUCCCUAUUACUCUGCCUCCUCUUCCUCACCCCAACCUCCGCCUCCUAUGCCAACGAUGGGUUCGCCUAUGACGGUUUCUCCCAUGCCAUGCUCCUUAUUGAUGGUGUAGCUUCAAUCGCAGGCAGAGCUCUCAUGCUAACCGAUGGUGCUGCCCAGAGUGUAGGACACGCUUACUACGGAAGCCGGUUUGACUCUAUUUCCUCCUUCUCCACAACCUUCGUGUUCAUCAUCACUCCCUCUUACUCUGAUUUAGGCGGAUAUGGGCUUGCCUUUACGAUUUCCGCUACAGCAGACUCUUUAUUGGAUGCCCUUCCGUCUCAGUACAUGGGCAUCUUCAACUCUCAAAACAUCGGUAAUGUCACAAAUCAUCUCUUUGCCGUCGAGCUUGAUACCAUCCGAAAUAGCGAAUUUGGGGAUAUUGAUGCUAAUCAUGUUGGAAUCGAUGUGAACACCUUGGUCUCUAUCAACUCCCACACUGCUGGAUACUACACCCCAAAUGGCACGUUCUCCCCCUUGUCACUUAUUAGUGGUAAACCGAUGCAAGUAUGGGUGGACUAUGAUGACAAUUCACACCACGUGAAUGUCAGUUUAGCACCUUACUUAGAGGAGAAGCCUCAGCGCCCACUGCUAUCCAGCACUGUCAAUCUUACAUCUAUUUUGCCAAGCUCGGUAUAUGUUGGCUUUGCCUCUGCAACCGGCACCCUAAGUUCCAUACACAGCAUUAUUGGCUGGAGUUUCAAUCCAAAUGGGGAGGCCAAACCACUUAACUACUCAGCAUUGUCUGGAGUUAUACAGGAUGUUCGACGGAAUGAUCAAAGUGGCUCGCAGGUUCAAUUGGGUGCUCAAAGUGGCUCGCAUAUCUCUGGGGGUGUUAUUACAACAGUUGUUAUUCUGUCAGUGUUCAUCACAAUUGUCAUUAUCAUUGCUCUUUAUGUUUAUAUGAAGAAGGCAAGGAAAAGUGGUGAGUGGGAAAUCGAUUGUGGGUCAUCAUCCUUCACAUACAAAGAUCUUGCCGCUGCGACCAACGGUUUCAGUGACAGGAUGCUUCUUGGGAAAGGAGGAUUUGGAAAGGUAUACAAAGGGCUGCUACAAAACUCGAAGCAAGAUGUUGCCAUCAAGCGGGUUUCGCCAGAGUCAAAGCAGGGGAUGAAGGAAUUCAUAGCUGAGAUAACCAUCCUAGGCCAUCUCCGCCAUCGCAACCUUGUGCAGUUGCUCGGUUAUUCUCGACACAAGAGCGAGCUCCUUCUGGUUUACGAUUACAUGCCAAAUGGCAGUCUUGAUAGAGUUUUGCAUGGUCAAGAUAAGCGGACUGUCGACUGGUUUCACAGAUUCAACAUUAUAAAAGGCAUUGCAUCUGGUCUUUGCUACCUCCACGAGGACUGGGAGAAGGUGGUCAUCCAUCGAGACAUCAAAGCGAGCAACGUGCUCCUCGAUAAUGAAAUGAACGGUAGACUAGGUGAUUUUGGUCUGGCAAGAUUACACAACCAUGGUACAGAUGCCCACACCACACAUUUGGCUGGCACCUGGGGGUACAUUGCCCCCGAGCUGGCUAGGCUAGGAAGGGCAACCAAGGCAACUGAUGUCUUUGCAUUCGGUGUCUUCAUGUUGGAGGUUGCUUGUGGGAGGCGUCCAAUACAGGUGAAUGAUUCUGAUGGCGAGCCAGUGCUGCUGACAGACUGGGUGGUCGAUGCAUGGGAGAGCGGUUCGCUCCUCAAAACGGUAGACCCAAAAUUAGAAGAUUAUGUCAGGGAGGAAGCAGAGUUAGUACUAAAGCUUGGCUUGCUGUGCUCUCACCCAGUACCAAGUGCUAGGCCAUGCAUGCGCCUAGUGAUGCAAUACCUUGUAAAGGAUGUGCUACUCCCGGAUUUCCAAUCAAGUUUUUUGAGCCUUACUAGCAGGGAUGAAGAAUUUGGGCAGCAUAUCCUGUCAUGCCCUUCUGUAGCGACGACCAUAACAGGACUUUCUGGAGGAAGAUGAUGCAUAUUUAGCUAUAUGGUUUCUUGUAAUAAUCUAUGUUUACAGAUAUACUCUGUUGUAGAAUUCUCCACAUAAAGGAUUAGUUACACGCGUGAAAACCACGUAUAGUGUUGUAUGAACUAAGGGUACAGAUAACUGUAUGAAUUAUCCUCCCUGUCAUACGAGUAAUGUUAUUUGUACUAGUUUCUCUAGGUUUACGUAUUUAGCCAUUGUAAACAACAAAUCUCUACUGCAAUUGGAGGGACAACUAAUAAAUGACAUUCA